AUGAAUAAUUACAAUAACUUUAAUAUAGCUGUUUCACAAGCAUUGCCAGUCCAAAAAACAAACUACCACAGACUACAAGAGAAGAAUUCAGCAUUUGGAUCUAUCAAAUUUAUCCUGGAAUGCUGUCAGAAACUAGAAUUAAAGCCAUCAACAUUCGCGCAUGCAGCAUCUAUAUUUCAUCGAGUUUAUGACAAUCUAGGUCGUGUAGAUUAUGAUAAAUUUGCAAUAGCAACAGCAUCAAUAUUUCUAGCAACGAAAGUUAAUGAAGAUCCAAUAAGGCUGAAAGACCUGAUUAAUGUCUCGCAAGUGACUCUCAAUCGACAGGAUGCAAUGAAUGAGAUGACAAAUAAUUCAUGGAUUCUGUCAAUUCGUGAUACAAUCGUUCAAUGUGAGAUGUUCAUUAUGCGAGUCCUGAAUUUCUCGCCAUUCACACAACUUCCACAUCCAUUUCUACUGAAUUAUAUUAAUACACUUGAGAAUUGGCUCCCUAAAGAAUGGCUGUCUAUAACACCUCUAUCAAAAUGUGCUAUGUCAUUACUACAAGAUUUCUAUUACAGCACAAAAAUCAUCAAAUAUAGCGCAGAACAAGUAGCUACAGCAAUUCUAGUCUUAACGUUUCAAAUCUACGGUAUUAAAAUUCCCUUAAUUGAUGACUUUGACAAUUGGUAUAAGCUCUUCAGUCCAGACAUGAAGGUUGAGCUGGUGUGGGAAAUAAUUGAAGAAGUUUUAAAAGUAUUUGAAAUCGAAGAGAAUUUAAAAGAUUUUUUGUAA